AUGCCUUCACCGCCUAAACGAACUCGAUCAUACACCAACCGGGGGUGGAAUUUGGGUAGAGGUUGUGCAACCCAAGGGGAUCAGAACCUUGUAGAAAUGCCAGAUGGCCUUUUCGAAGACUCUGUUUACCUCAAAUACCGUGCCGCAGUGGACCAUACUUUGUGCGCCGGCGGUCUGCUCCACGCCAUCCGUGGUAUGUCGACAGGAUACUGCAAUUUCUGGGGUUGGGCGUCCAUCCGAGUGCUCCCAUCGAUCUGGGAACCUGCAGGCCUCGAAGGCACAGAGGAACCUCGCGAGCGACCGCUGGCAUGGAAAGGCCUUUUUUAUUUUAUUUAG